UAUGCGUGCAUGCGUAUUUCAGUUUGUUUCGAUCAUAAACUCUACGGUUUUAGUUUUUAUUUCAUAAUGAUUUAACUGCUAAAAAUGUCGCAGUUUUCUCGUUAGAUUUACAUACUGAAGCAAACGACACCUACUAAAACAUGAGUUCGGAGCUGGACAUGGAAGAGCAGAAGCUCUUGCGUCGGAAGAAAAAAUCUUCCGAAUGUGGUAAUUUGCAGCAGUUGGCGGACUCGUGUCGCAAAUUAGGUGAGUUGUAUAUCGACCGAGGCGAGUAUCGAAGAGCAUUGAAUGAGUUUAAACUUGUGGCUAAGGCAUACCACAAACUCAAAAUGCCUAUGGAAGUGGGCCGCGCGAAUCGGCUUAUUGGAGAAAUGUUCAUGCUACUGGACGAAUUUGAGAAAGCUUUACAGUACGAAAAGGUGUAUCUUGAUAUUGCUCGUCGGGAAGAGGACAACACCGAACUGCAACGAGCGUAUGUUACGAUCGGACGAGCCUAUCUGUUGAAGGGACAGAGUUGCGAGGAUGCCGAAGCGGCCCAGGAACCGUUGGAUGAAGCCGAGAAGGCUUUCCAGAGAAGCUUGAAAUUGAGUCGAGAUUUAAAAGGUGUUGGAAAGCUAGAGCAGUUAGAUAUGGAAGCUAGAUCGUUGCUAAAUCUGGGAGUCACUAAAGAACAUCAGGGACACUUGGAACAAGCUGUCGAAUACAUGCAAAAAGCAAUCAAAAUUGCGAAAAAUAACGAUCUCCACGAGCUGCUUCACCAGUGCUACAUUUCCGCAGGACUUUUGUUCAAUGCGAAACAGAAAAACCAUUCGAAAGCGUUGAAAGUUCUCAAUGAGGCACUGGAAGUAGCCUCCAGGCUACACAACAAAGCAUCUAAAAUGUGCGAAACAUUAUUGAUUAAAGCACAUGUUCUAAUUCGGAUGGGAGAUUUUCAAAGUGCCAAGCAAGCUCUGAAGAAAGCAUACAAACUGAAAACACCCGUCGUAUCGGAUGCAGAGAAUAUUGAACGGCAAUUGAAGGUUCUCGUUGCUAUUUGUCGAAUCGAAGAUCAGUUGAUUUCUACCGGGAGCAGUGAGUAUGCCAAGAAGAAACGCCUCUACGAGCAGAUGGGAGAUGGUGCUUGCAAAUUGGAGAACUACUCCAAAGCAAUAGAUUAUUAUUUAAAAAUGUUGGAAUGUGCUCAAUUAAACGGAGAGGUGGAUCGCGAAUUGAUUCCUAUUUACGUCAGUUUGUAUCAAACGUAUAAGGAUAACAAUCAAUAUGAGGAUUCAUUGAUUUAUCUGUGGAAGGAGUACAACUUGAUAUCGAAUAUUCCGAAAGAAGCUUUCAAUACGUUGCUGAAUAUUGCCGAAGUUUACGAGGCGCAGAACAAGUCUUGUUUUGACAUUGAAGCUAUUUACCGUCGAGCCAGACAGGAAGCGAAAAAAAUGAAAUCAUUAAAACUGGAAAGCGUUUCGAUGAAACGGUGCAUUGCACUUCUGAAAAAGCACGGAAUGGAUUUGAUGGCAGAAAAUCUCGAGAAAGAAGCCAAAGAAGCUGGCAUUGAUUUGGCCUUGGAAGAAACUGUGCUGAGUGAUGACUCCGAUGACGAGGAUCAAGAUGAGACAGAAACCUCGAUUGAGUUCGCAAUCAACACACCGGAUAUUGGAGAGGAUGUCAAUCUUUCCGAGCUAUCAAAUUCGGAUGGGGAAACUGCAAAUAAAUCUAUAACGCAGUCGGAUUCUACAAGGAACACCAGGAAACGUGGCACAUCGUUUCAGGUCCGAAGAAACAACAAAGGAGAAACGCAGUUACAUCAGGCUUGCAUCAGUGGUAACAAAGUACUAGCACAAAAGCUCCUAGAUCAAGGUCAUCCGGUGAACAUUCGAGAUCACGCCGGAUGGCUGCCGCUUCACGAGGCUUGCAUUCACGGUCACAAGGAAAUCGUAGAAAUGUUGCUCGAUCGAGGUGCUCACAUUAAUGACAAAGGCGGAACCAGCUGCGAUGGCAUUACUCCGCUUUACGAUGCCUGCUCCAAUGGAAACUUGGAAGUUGUUCAGCUUCUUCUGGAUAGAGGUGCUAAUUGCACUCUACGGACCGAUUCUGGAGAUACCACGGCAAACGUGCUGGAAGUUUGGUUUCAAAGUGUACAGAAGAAACUACAGAAUGAGCAUAUUUUAUUUUACAACACAAUUAGAGAUCGUAUACUAAUGUGUCUGGAAAACGCCGGUAUCAAACCGGAUGAACUGGCGAAAGUUCCGGAAGCAAUUGAAACACUAGCUGGAGGAACUCGCUCAACUCGCAGGCGAACCAAUCGCGUUUGUCGCUCGGAUUCCGAAUCAGGUAAUGAAAAAACACGAACCGUUCGUACUGCUGCUAGUAAUCGUAGCUCUGGCUAUGGAAGCACCAAAGAAACAGGUCCGACUUCGUCUCGAAAACGUCCAACAAGUCUUCGCUCAGAUACGUCCGAUCUAUCGUCGGAUUCGGACGAAGCUAGAAAAGAAGGAUCACGAGCUUUAUUUCGAGAGAAAAGUUCCACCGGUUCAUCGGGAGUUGACGAUUAUCGCACCGCAAUGAAGGUACUUCGAAAGGGCAAUACCGUUAGGGCCCAAAUAGUAUCCCCCCUGAAAGAUCCCAAUCCUGGUCCGUCAAAAAGAUCUGCUUAUAUGCGCGAGGAGGAAGUCGGUGAUGAUUGGUUGGAGGACGAUCUUUGUCAAAAUACCAAGCGACAAAAAUUUCUAUCCUCUAAAGGCUAUCCUGAAUCGAAUCGAGCAGUAACACGAAACGCGGAGCCAGAGAAUAUUCUUCCAAUUUCCGACCGAACCAUUACUUCAACCGGUUUAGAGUAUGAUUCGGAUAGUCCACAACGAACGGAUAGGGCAUCGUCAGAAGAAAACUCUGCCCCGGAUGCGGUCCAAGUGCUAAUGAAUGCUUCUGGCAAAAGUUUUCAACGAAAGCCGUCGGCACAGCAAACCACGCGCCGACGGCCUUCCAGCACCAGUCAGCGAAAUCAAACAUCCCUGUUGGAAGUGGGCAUCAGUGUAUCAUCGCGAUCGAACAGUCCCACGGCUAGUUUAACCGAGAAGGAUCUACUGCCGGUACCGGUCGAUCACAAAACACCCACAAAGAAUGGAACCGCAACGAUCCAGUUCAGCAACAGAACACCAGUCAAAAUUUUACCACCCAACAUGGUACGUGUCAUGGUGGAAGGAGUUUCCAUUGAUAUUAGCUACGACGAAGGAAGAAUCAUGGAACUGAACGUCGGUUGGUUAAUCAACGAAGUUAUCAAGCGAUACGGAAUCAAACAUGGAAAACGACCACUGUUGAAACUUUUACGUUCCGAUGGUGGUCUUUGCGUGGAUUCCGAUCCGCUGACCACGCUGCUUUGCAAUACCGAAUCUAUCAUUAAUACCUAUGUCAUCGAGUACGACCAACUGCGGUCAGAUCAAUUCUAUGAAGACUACUGUAAACACCGCGAUGUUGAAUUUCUUCCCGAAUUGAUGCAAGUCCUAAGUGGAUUGGAAAAUACUGGAAACCUUGCCUUACGUCGGGAUUUUUUCCGCGGCAAACCUCGCCAAUGGGAUGUUCUGUUCCGGGCUCUCUCUUGCCAUGGUCGCAUACGCGAGCUCAAUCUUUCCUUCAAUCAACUAACGGACGCUGACUUUCAGCCGUUGACCGAGAAGCUAUCCUCGCUCAAGUAUCUGGAAAAACUGAAUCUUUCGAUGAACGUGAUUAGCCAUAAAGGAAUCUACAAUUUGUCCUCCCUCAUAAGUCCGAGUCUUCCGGAUGAAGGAAUAGCGGCUCUUAUGCACCUGACCGAGCUGGAUCUCAGUCGGAAUCCACUGCUGGACCAAAGUCUGCUGGUACUGACUACGGUCUGCCAGCAGCUGAAACAGCUCAUUUUACUCCGUUUGACCUCAACGGCAAUCACGAAUCUAACGUUCGCCUCGCCCCCGUUGGACAUUAGUCGGUUGCAAGUUUUUGAUGUUUCAGAGAAUAAUCUGAACAAAAAAUCGAUAGACUACAUGUUCAGCAAACUGAAUACAAGAAUUUUAACUGAACUCAAUCUUCGAUCGCUUGGGAAACUGAGAGACUUCAUACCUAUUUUUACAAAUGCUGUUCAAGCAAACGAUUUCGAUAUGCUGCGUUCGUUGAAUUUAAGUAACUGCGGCUUAGUCGAUGCUGAUCUCGCUGCGAUUCUCUUCGCUUUACGAACCAGUGCGGAAAAGCUGAAGCACCUGGAUGUUUCGUUUAAUGCUAAACUAACGCAAAAAAGUUUGAUAGAAAUUUUCGAAAAUUUUACUUGCUAUUCACUAGAAUCGGUUCGCUUUCUUCAAAAUCCUUUGGUGCUGAAAAAUUGGGGAGAACAUAUGGUUGACGUUAUUCAUUUCGACCGGGAUAAAUGCUAUCCGAAUCGGGUUGAAUUGAUGGUACCGUUAAAAUUGGACGAUACGUUAAAGGAAGAACUUCAUCGUAGGUUAAGCAGCUUCUGGGAAUGUAUUUGGCCCGAUCGCGCCAUGGUGGAGAUUGAUAAGCACACGGUGACACUGUUGGUGCGACAUUAAAUGAUGAUGAAAAAGUUUUCUAAUAAAACGUGA